CACACGCACACACACAGAGAGACACACGAACGCGGGCACGAGCGUGAACUUGUCAGGGCAGAUUUAUAAUGCUGAGGUUUUUCAAGCUGAGGAAUCUGAAGAACAUCUACAACACAUAUAUCAGGAUGUCGUCUGACCAGCUGGGAGAGUUAGGGAAAGGUGCAGGGAAGGGAGGAGGAGGAGGAGGAGCAAUCAGGGAGGCAGGAGGAGCGUUUGGAAAGAGGCAGGCCGCAGAGGAAGAGAUGUACUUCAGGAAAAAGGAGCAGGAACAGAUCGCUGCUCUGAGACAACAUCAUAAAGAAGAAAUCGACAUCCACCAGAAGGAGAUCAAACGUCUUCAGGAUGAGAUCACACGCCAUGAGGGCAAAAUUGAACAGUUAAAAAAGCAUGAGAAAAAAUAGUGCAAAUGAAUACAAGUUAUAUUAUAUCAAGUUAUAUAAUAUUAAGUUUUCUUCACCCAAACUAACAGUGUUGCAUUUUCGGUUCCUUUUUUUAUAUUCAUUGUGUAUGAUCGUUAAAGCAGAAUAAAGGAAUUAUAAACCAA